AUGUGUUCCGCAAGUAGUGCACCGGUCAUCACUACUUCUACCACCGUCCUCGGUGCGUUAGUCGUGCUCCUAGCGCUAACCACCAAUCAUCGUAGCCUUUGCAGUGCAGUCUAUCCGGCCAACAGUACCAGCAACAGCAACAGCAGCAGUAACAGUGAUAGUAACAGCAGCAGCUCACUCGUCUCCAACGAGCUCCCUGUGGUCGUGGAGAACGCUACGCUCAGCUCCACAGGCACGCCACCGCCAGUGGAGCAGAAGGAUGCCGGUGGCGGCAGCACCGGCAGCAGCUACAGCUGGCCGCCCCCGGAAGCGGGACAGAUACCGUUGGAGCGGCUCCCGUCGAACACCCUGCUCAAGUACACCGCCUACAAGGACGUCUCGAUACUGCACUUCCGCAUUCCGGCCGACACCCGGACGGCCUUCUUUAGCUUUAAGGCGUACGAGGAGUCCAAAGGUGCCUUUCAGCGUAACUGCAAACCGAACGACAUUACACUGCACCUGAAGGCGGGCAGCUACCCGGUCAUCAGCCCGGAGAACAUCACCUUCCCGAAGCACUUCCUCGACGCGGAUGAACGAUUCGAAAUACACAGCCUACAGUUCAAGUCCGACAGCAGCACACGCCGGCUGAGCAUCGAAGGGCCACAUCCGGGCAAUUGGUUCGCUGUCGCAUUCAUCAGCUGGACCGAUCCGAACAACGAGCGCAUCGAACAGCAAGGGCUGGCGGCUUCCUGCGAAACGCUACUAAUGUCCGAGAUGGCCGUGGUCAGCAGCACCCCGCAGAUCCUGCAUACAGGCUCGCAGCACCCCGGCUCGCUGUCUACCGUCAACCGGAGCGAACCGACCACGUACAAGUUCUUCGUCCCGGACUCGGUGGCGAUCGUGACGUGGCGACUCCAGAUCACGCAUGCCUGCGCCAACUGCACCGACGUAACGUUCUUCGUACAGGCCAGCGCCGUGCCGACAGCGCGCGACUUCCUCCAGAACGCGAUCAUCCGCCCGAACCAGACCGGUGACGUUAGCAUCGACUUCUACCCUCACGCCGGUGCGUGGCAUUACGUGGACCUGGACUUUUUGCGCGUAGAGAGCUCCAAGAAGGGCGCCCCGGCAAAUGGUACGGCCGUCAAAUCGACGGUUAGUCCACCGCCGGCGAAGGACACUCCGGAUGAGCCGCUCCAGUUUACGAUCGAGCUCAUCUACCACACGCUGGACGAUGGCACCGUGGCGCCUGUUGCGGAGCCCGUCGAGUGGCCCUCAACGGUGGACAACGCAACCGCCAGCCAGGUGUGGAGCGACGGACUGUCGAAAGUGCUGCCGAACCGGAACUUCGACCGCUACCCGGUGCUCCGGCAGACGUACCGGGAGUUCUUCAUGUUCGACUACGAUCUGCUGCCAGACGUGAACGGGACGGUGCCGGUGACGCUCAACCUCACAGCCGGUACGCCCGCCCUGAUGAAGUUCGACGUUAACGACGUAUACGACAUCGGCGGGACGCUCAGUUUUGCCGUGGCCAUGCGGCAGGACAUGAAGGGGAGCCUGAUCGACGCACGGCACGACACGACCAACGAGCACGCGAGCGUCGUGGCGGAGAAGUUGGUCGACGUCCAGGAGGAGUUUAUCCCGGAGCUCCCGAUUACGACGGUAGCGCCGACGGCCACCAGCGCUGCGACCAGCACAUCGACUACACCCGGCACCACCACCACCACCACCACCACGAGUACUACAGCGACACCCGAGGUCACAACGACCGGCCGUGGCCGGGAAGAAGUCCGGAUACCGACCACAUCCGCCAGUCCGACAGCCAGCAAGGCCAAUCAAACGGUGAUCGUGUGCCUGCGACUCGAGGAACCGGGCGUACCGACGUGGCCGGACAAGUGCGCGUACGGGCGACACAUCUAUCCGGCAGCGAUCGUGAUCAACAACACGGACGCAGACACCAACACGGGGCUGGUGCACGUGCCGUUCCCGGAGCCUGGUAGCUGGUACGUCACCCUGGGACUCUUCUGCCACGAGCCGGGGGCGACGGUCCUGACGGCGAUCAUCGACAGCGUGAAGGACUUCAUUCGGACGUACCGCGCCGCGCUCGGAGAGAUGCGUGCCCCGUGUCCCUGUGCCGAUCGGCUCGAGUACUACCGGGAAUGCGUGGCCGACGAGCGGUGUCUCGGUGCGCUGAACGAAACGGAGACGCUCAAGGUCAAGGAGUGCCUCAUGGACGCUAAGUGCAGUGGUGGCGCUGCGCAGUCCGAGGAGAUGACGCGCAAGUUCGAGCUGCACCACAAGCACGCGACGGAGCAGAGCGUGGCCGGGAAAGCCGCAACGGGCGGUGGUCAGCGGCGGGCCACCGACGGCACCUGCAACUCGAGCGUGGUCUUUACCAUCUCAUCGAGCCCGUGCGUGGCGGGCCGGUGUGGCCGGUUCGGACGCUGCUACCAUUACAUGUCCGGCGGGUUCGUCUUCUCGACGUGCCUGUGCCUGCGCAACUACCGCGGCUGGGACUGCACCGAAGACUCGCAGGUACCGUCCAGCGCCUCGAUCCUGCUCGCCUCGCUCAUGCUCACCCUGUCGAACCUGCUGUUCCUGCCGAGCAUCUACUUCGCGGUGCGCCGCGGCUUCCACAGCGAGGCCAUCAUCUACUUCUUCGCCAUGUUCUUCUCCGCGUUCUACCACGCGUGCGACUCGGGCGAGGAGGAAUUCAGCUUCUGUCUGGUGAAGAUAGGGGUGCUGCAGUUCUGCGACUUCUACUGUGGCCUGCUCGCCAUCUGGGUGACGCUGAUCGCGAUGGCGAACGUGCGGACACAGCUCGUGUCGUUGCUGCACAUGCUCGGCGCCAUACUGCUCGCGUUCGGCACCGAGCUGAACAAGCAGUCGCUCUGGGUGUUCCUGGCUCCGGCCCUCACCGGCAUCUGUCUCAUCUCGGUCAGCUGGGGCCUCCGGUGCAAGAAGACGAAGCGCUGCUUCCCGUCCCGGAGCUACCUCGCGCUGUAUCUGCCGGUCGGCAGCGUCCUCGUGAUGGUCGGCCUGGUGUGCUUCGCCUUUCUGCAGACGAAGCAAAACUACCACAUCGUCCACUCGAUCUGGCACAUGGUGAUGGCCCUCAGCAUCCUCUGCCUGCUGCCGGACCGCACCACGUUCCACCCGAAAUGCUAGCAUACGGUCAGCAUCUAUCUGCUCAACUCGGGCUCGCCGUCCUCCACGACGCAAUCCUCGACGGCAUCCUCCGGGUCGUCGGCGUCGUCGUCGGCGGCGGUGGCGGCGGCGGCGGCAGGGGCUACCUCCACCGCCACUGCCGGAACCGGUGCGGCACCAGACGGUCCACCGCGAUCCUGCUCGAUCGCGACCAUCACCGACGAGCGUGGUUCGGUGCGAUCGCCCCAACCGACUGCCACGGUGCCCGAGGGGCAAUAGGAUGCCGAUCAAAACGCCGUUCCGACCGAUCAAAGACCGCUCCGAAACACACCCCUUGCUCAACUGCACGCGCUUCGAUGGCACCACUUCCGGCACGGCGCAUCGCCUUCGAACUCCUGAUCCUGAUCGCCACCUGACGAUUACGGUGCGCACUCGGUGCUACGAUGUGAUGAGUUCCACCAACGGAGAGAGAGAGAGAGAGAAAGAGAGAGAGAGAGUUUGAAGAUUAGAUGCGAAUCGUGAUCCUUGAAGAGACCCUCGGGAGCCUUUCCGUUCUCUCUUAGAUGUGACCGUCCGUUCCCCUAUUAGAUGUGCGUCUGGAUGUACAAUACGUGUUUUAGUGUAUGGGUCUGCAUUGUGCUCCGUGUUGCUCAAUCAACAGGAGAAGCAACCGGGUACCUACCGGGAGAGACAGGAUGUAGCGAAUUGUGAUUCGAACGAAGCCAAAAUGAAGUGUGGAAGUCCGGCAGCGAUGGCGUGAUCAAGAGUAGCUCCACGAAUGUAGUGUCUAUUUUCAUGCUUUGUUAUCACACUCCCGAAUGGAUCUGAAAUUGGUGUGCAUUGAUCAGCAGAACCAGACGAGCAGCACGGUUACCGGAUGAACGGUGAUCCCUUUCUAGUUGAGUGUAGCCAAAACUCUGCUCCUGGCUUGCGGUCUUGCGAUAACUUGGGAUGUGAUGCUGCCGGACAGAGAGCGGUUGCCGCUAACGUAGCCUAACGCAAACAAAACACAUAUUUGAAACCGAACAGGAAGCCAAUGAAGCGGACAGAUAUGUAUAACUCACACUAUCACACUAUCUUAGGCUGAUUCACACACCGAUCGUACCACUGUUUGAUAAAUUCAUACGUGCCUUGCUGUUGUAGAAAGAGAACACGAAACGAAACCAAUGAACGGGGAACGAAUGUUUUAGCAACACAGGGGGGUUUGCCAACGCCCUGACCCGGUCUCUCCCUAAUCGCGUUUUUCUUCUCUGUUGCGGCCAUUCCCCGUUGCACUGCUCCUUCCUUGGUUUUCGCACUACGCCACUGGCCGGACAAACGUCCUGUAGGCAUUUUGGGUGGGUGCGAGCGCGCCAGUGGGGCUGUGUCUGUGAAUGAAGAAAGAGAGAGAGAGAGAAGGUGUGCAAAGAAAUAUAUAUUUACCACACCGUACCGUGACACAAUCUGUCUUAUUGUUUUGUAACUAGUUACCAACCAAGCCGCUUACCGACGGAGAGACGAUGGUGAAACACGAUGUAGUUGAUAAUGAUAAGUGUAGUCCAAUCGGAGAAACAAACAAAGAGAGAGCAACCGACCACUGCAAACAGUAGGUAAGGGCGAAAUGUGUAGUAUCUUUUGUGUACUUUUUGUCCAACGUUCGGCGCAGUCGAGGGAAGUGGUUGUUUUGCUCUACACUAUUUAUUUCUACGGCAAACAGUCGCGCAACAAACUCUGGGUAGAAGCGCACUGAAUGUUGAUGCAGCAACGGAAUCGUACUCGCAGCUUAGGACACUCAAAGAAGACGAAGAAAAGCAAACGCAAAGCACGGCGCGAACAAACUGCUCUACAAGUAGGCUAUGAAAAAUUAAUUCGUGGAAAAAUAGAUAAAUGCUAAAUAAAUGUUUUACUACGAUUUACUAAACGGUGGUCCAUUCACAUGGGCUGCACGGGGCAGGUAGGACGCAGGAUCGUUUCCCUUUGCAACCUUUCUCCUUCACACGUUUCCUUCCAUUCUGUGGUCAAACACCAUGCGCCUCCAUUGAGAGGGAUUUGAUCGUUUUUGCCCCAUACCUGUGUCCUACAUUAUCAGCAAUGAUUCACAGAGUGCGCCUGACCCCGAAAAACAAAACCAAAGCUACGGAUGGAUGGUAAUAGAUAUAAGAGAGUCGUAAAACGAGAGAGCGAGGGAGAUAUAAACACUUUCCAAGCAUACCCCCUUUUUACUGAGCACACAACAACAAUGAAACCUUGCACAACACAACUGCAGAGCAUAAACCACGAAAUGAUAAAAAGGCUUGCAGCCGCAUCAGAGAUGAACGAAGUGUAUAACGUGUAGAACUAUACCGAACGGGAUAUUUAAAACCAAUUGAGAAACAUCUAUGUGUAAUAGUAAAAGAAGUCUAAUAAA